UUCUGUAGCUCUUCAAACAUACAAACUUGAGGGUGCACACAACAAAAGAUGAUAUAUGCACGUCAGCGCUGAGGUCGACGUUAGGUCCCCGGUAUAGAAUCUCUUGAGUAGAUCUGUGGAGUUUCAUUGUUACGUGGCUUAUGGCUUUCUUACAAUAAGAUACAUCAUAAGGCCUAAUUUGCUCUACUUCGAGAUGAUUACCUGGCUGUAUGUUGCCCUCUACUUCUACAUCGCUCUGUUGGCCCAUCAGUGCAACAAUGAAGAGCUGGAGAGACAUCCUAUUGAUGGCUGGUACAACAAUCUCGUACACCCAGACUGGGGAGCCAUUGAUGGACAUCUCUUAAGACGGAGUCCUGUCAACUACAGUGAUGGUGUUUAUGAACCAUCAGGGCAAGAUCGGCCCAAUCCACUAGACAUAAGUAGAAUAUCUUUCAGUGGGGAAAACAACUUGGUCUCUGUCAGAAACAGGAGUGCUCUGUUGGUAUUCUUUGGUCAACAAUUAGUUGAAGAAAUUUUGGAUGCCCAACGAUCUGGAUGCCCUAUAGAAUAUAUGAACAUCCCAGUGCCUGUGGAUCAUAAGUACAACCCCAAUAAGAUUAAAGACUUGGAGAUGCCCUUUUUAAGAACUAGAUAUGACCAGAGGACUGGUUUCUCAUCCAACAACCCUAGGCAGCAGUUAAAUGAAAUCACACCUUACAUUGAUGGAAACCUAUUCUAUGGUGCUGGUAAAGCCUGGGAGGAUACUCUCAGGUCUUUUAAAGAUGGAAAAUUGGCUGCGGAUAAUGAGGACAUUAAGAAAAGUUUACCCAUAGAGAAUACCAUUGACUUACCCUAUGCUAAUCCUCCAUCUCCCAGGGACCAUGCCUUUAGGCCAGUUCGACGUUUUAGGCGAUUGGGUAACCCAAGGACUCAUGAAAAUCCUUUUCUAAACACUUUGGCUGUGGUCUGGUUCAGAUAUCAUAAUUAUCAGGCCACACAAAUCAAGAAAAAGCAUCCAGAUUAUGACGAUGAGAAGCUCUUUAAUGCAGCUCGAAAAAGAACCAUAGCACAAUAUCAGAAAAUCGUCAUGUAUGACUGGCUGCCAACAUGGCUUCAAAUCGAUGAAAAUGGAACCAUCUUCCCUCUUGUCCGGGACUACCCAUAUGAAGGUGGUGUUAAAAACAAAUACAAAGGCUACGACCCAAACGUUCAUCCAGGUAUAAGUACAGAAUUUCAAGCUGCAGCUUUCAGAUUUGGACAUACAUUGGUUCCUCCAGGUGUUGUGAUAAAAACCAUAGCAAGUAACAAAUGUGUGGAUGCAGAAAGAAAUGUCAAGGCUAGAUUCACAUCUAAACCAGAAGGGGGUGACAAAAUGGAGAAGAUCAAAGGAAUCAGGCUUUGCAAUGCUUUUUGGGUACCACAUGAAACUGUUGAAGUAGAGGAUGGAGUAGAUGAAAUAGUUCGUGGAAUGGUGUACACCAAAGCACUUUAUGAAGACAACAUUAUUGUCAGUGACAUUAGAGAGAAUGUUUUUGGUACACUUGACUGGUCAAGAAGAGAUUUGGGAGCCCUAAAUAUCCAGAGAGGUCGGGAUCAUGGACUACCAGGUUACAAUGAAAUCAGAAAGGCUUAUGAUCUGGAAAGAAUGAAUAACUGGACUGCUAUCAACUCUAGAUUCCCGGAGCAAUUAGAUGAAUUAAAGAAACUGUACAAUAAUGAUUCUGCUCCAGACAGGCUAGACCUGUUUCCUGGAGGACUCCUAGAAACUGUGGAAAAUGGACCAGGACCCUUAUUCCAAACAAUUAUUUUAGAUCAGUUCUUGCGAAUCAGACAUGGUGAUAGAUUUUGGUUUGAAAAUCCUUUAAAUGGACUGUUUACAAAGGAAGAAAUUGAAGAAAUUCGUAAUACAACAUUUUUUGAUGUCCUUAGGAGUGUCACUGCAGCGUUGGACUCUCCUGUGGAAGUUUGGAACGAAAAUGUUUUUUCUUGCAGAAACACAACAGAAGAUAGCUGCAAAUGCACAGAUCCCUUUUUAGAUACGUUUGAUCCACAUGAGGUGUGUGUACCAUUAAUGCACUAUGAUUACUUCAGUGGAAGUGAGAUUCCUUUUAUCCUGACAGUUCUGGCCAUUAUUCUGUCUAUUCCUCUUGCUAUUGGUAUAAUGUGUAUUAUGGCCAGAAUGAGAAGAAAUUCAAGAUACCCUGGCUCCAAUAAAGACAAUGCACAACUUCCAGUGGGGCCAAACCAUUUCUAUGCUACUGAAUGGGUUGGCAGAACGACAUUUGGAAGCUUGAAUAGCAGAGAGGUCAAAGUUGAACAUGACAGUCAGAGAAUGAAGCUUCUUAUCUCUAACAUCUCUGGUCAAGUUGUACGCAUGAUUGACCUUAGACCAAGGGUAAAAGCUGACCAGCAAAAGUCUAGAGCUUCAGUCACCAGGUCCAUUGAUAAAGGGAGUAGGCUGAUGAUGUUGGCAGUGCCUGGAGAAAUUGAUGUGGUUUUAUAUUUCACUACAAAACAGGAGCGAGAUGACAGUUUUAUUAAGAUUCAAAAUUUUUUCCAACAGCAUGGCUGGGAAAUACAUGAAGCACCAAGUCUUUCUGAGCAUGUUAUGUGGAGAGAAGCAAUGACCAUUGAUCAAAGAAAAGAAGUCUUAGCCAGAUUUUUCAAGAGUGUUUUAGCUGAACUCUCAGGUGAAGACAUGAAAACUGAAAUUGGUCUGAACCAAGAGCAAGUGGAUGAAGUGCUGAACACUCGACUCACCAGAACUGAGUUUGCUGAAGCAUUGGGAUUACAACCUCAGUCUCUGUUUGUGAGGAAUAUGUUUUUACUGGUUGACUCCUCUGGUGAUGGCUUUGUCUCCUUUGAUGAGUUUAAAACCUAUUUCGGAAUAUUAUCUACAGGAAAGCCUGAAGAUAAAGCCAAAAUGUUCUUCAAAAUGUUUGACACUGGCAGAGAUGGGAAACUGACUAAACAAAACUAUAAGAAAAUGAUCAUGUCUCUUGUGGAACUGAAUGAAGCUGAGCAGAAAAGUGACUUAGAUGCUAUUGUGGAUGCUGUUUUCAAACAAGUUGGAAAAGAUAAAGUGGGCUAUAUGACCUUUGAAGACUUCAAAACUAUAAUGUUGUCUGAUGAUGAUGCUAUCUGGAAGUCUGCUGUUUUAAAUCUUGAUGUUGGUGGAGAAACAGCCAAACUGGGACAUCAUAAGAGGUCAACUAUUAGAGAAAGGACAGUGUCCUUUAUAAAUGGAUACCAGAGAGCUGUAAAAACUACAAGUCUGAUCAACAUUAGAUCAUCCCAACAUGUUCGUUUCACAAGCAAACCCCAGACAGUUCCUAAAACACAAUUCCAGAGAUUUUGUCUUUAUGUGAACAACCACAACAGACAGAUCUUCUGGUUAACUCUCUACACUUUGGUCACUCUGGGCAUAUUUAUUGAAAGAGCUUACUAUUAUUCAUUUGAGCGUGAGCAUGCUGGAUUGAGACGUAUGGCAGGUUAUGGUGUGUCUGUUACUAGAGGAGCAGCAAGUGCCCAAAUGUUUACCUACUCUAGCUUACUGGUGACCAUGAGUCGUAACACUUUGACCUUUUUCAGAGAGACUUUUUUGCAUCGAUUUGUUCCAUUUGACAAUGCUCAUGACAUGCAUUUGUAUAUUGCUUUCUUGGCCAUCCUAUUUACACUUAUUCAUUGUAUUGGACAUUUGAUCAACUUCUACCAUAUAGCCACACAGCCUUCAUCAGAUUUAAAUUGUUACUUCACAGAAUACUUUAGAUCCUCUCAUAUUUUGGCCAGUUUCCAAUAUUGGACUUAUGAAACCAUAACUGGACUAACUGGUGUUGCUCUAGUCUUACUUCUUGUGGUGCUUUAUGUUUUUGCUACUCCUUUUGCCAGAAGAAAUGUGUUUAAGUAUUUUAGAGCUUCACACAACCUGUACAUUCCGAUAUAUAUUCUGGUGUUUCUUCAUGGCCAUCAAAGACUUGUGCAAGUCCCAUUGUGGCCAAAUUUUUUCGUGGGUCCACUGAUACUUUUUGUGUUGGAUAAGCUUGUGUCUGUCAGCAGAAAUAAAGUCCUUCUUCCUGUUCAUAGAGCAACACUGCUGCCAUCUGGUGUCAUCAGCUUACUUAUCAAAAAGCCCCUGAGUUUCAACUACCAGUCUGGUCAGUGGGUCAGAGUAGCCUGUCCAUUGCUUGGAGAAGGGGAGUACCACCCAUUUACCUUGACCUCAGCACCUCAUGAAGAAUUUAUUAGUCUGCACAUUCGAGCAGUUGGACCUUGGACCACAAACUUCCGUCAAUUGUUUGAUCCUAAUAUCACCACCAAGUCAAAUAUACCGAAAAUUUAUUUGGAUGGUCCAUUUGGAGAGAGUCAUCAAGAUUGGUAUCGCUUCCCUGUGUCAGUCUUAGUUGGUGGAGGAAUAGGAAUAACACCGUUUGCUUCUAUUCUAAAAGACAUUGCCCACAGGUCCAGAGAAGUCAGUCAGAUACCAUGUCAAAAAGUUUAUUUUAUCUGGGUGACACGCACUCAGCAAAGUUUUGAAUGGAUGACUGAGAUAAUAAGACAAGUUGAGGCAGCAGACACUGCAGGAUUUGUUGAUGUACAUAUUUGUGUCACGCAGAUGAAAGAAAAAUUUGACCUGCGGACUACAAUGUUGUACAUCUGUGAACGCCACUUCCAGAAAAUUGCAGGUCUGAGUAUGUUCACUGGUUUACGAGCUAAGACGCAUUUCGGUAGACCAAAGUUUCAAGACUUUUUUGAGGCCCUAAAAGUUGUUCAUGAAAAUGUAUCUCAGAUUGGAGUGUUUAGUUGUGGUCCACCAUCCAUGACCAGAAAUGUUCAACAGAGCUGCACAGAACAAAACACAUUCAAAGGACCUUCUCUCAUACACCAUUAUGAAAACUUUUAAACUCACUGACUGUCUACCUUGAGUGUCACUACUUAUCCUGUGUGUCACUACUUAUCAUACUCAUCUCUAAAAACCUUUGUCUCACCCUGUUUUACCAUUAAGGUAUUGGUACAAUGAAUUACUGACUUGGGUAUUGUUACUAUUUUAACCCUAAUGUUAGUAUACAAUUUAAUAAAGAAUUAUACAGUAGCUAUCAUAUUACUUCAAUCUAAAUUGGUUUCUGUUGAACCCAUUUCAAAUUAUUUCUAUGUCCUAUCCACUGUUCGCUUGAAAGAAUUUUCUUCUAAAUAUGUUUUAAAUUAUCCAAGGUUAUUUCUACACUAGAUUGAUUAUUGAUGAAUCUAUUGACACUUGUUUGGUUGUUUUGAAUAACAUACCAAAAAAAUAUUUUUUUAAUUUUUACCUACGUACUUGACAAGUUAGGUUAGUAAAAUCAGGGUCCAAAUGUUAUUAGUUUUAUUCAGAAAUUCUGCUGCUGUUCACCGAUGCAUGCUCCAAUGGAUCCCUGUGAGUGUAAGAUUAAAAACAUGGUGACGGCCACACUUUUCAUUUUUUCCAUCUCUAGUUAUGUCACAAACUAAAGAUUUGGAACUUGCUACCCAUUGAGUUUGGGCAGAAUGCAUGCAUCACCAUAUACAAGAACAACAUUAAGACAUACUUGUUAAAAACUUUAAGAUUAGUUUAUCGUCUUUGUUGUUUAAUGCGUUACAUUCUUAAAACUUAAUGAGUUAAGGAUAUGUUUGAAUUGACAUGAAAGCUAUGAAAUUAUUAUUGAUACAAAAUGUAUUGUUUUAUUUUGUUUAUGUCAAUGCUAUGAUGUUACACUGGUCUACUUGUUUGAUUUUAAUGCAAUAAUAUUUUAUAAUUGUUUUCAUCUUCUUGUUUGCUUUAUUUGCAUGUUCUUCUUACAACUUGGAUUUUUUUAGUCAGUGUUACAUCAUCUCAUUUUUAGCAAAUGAAGAUUUUUUGUGUGUAUCUCCCCUAAUUUAUCUUUAAAAAAUGUACAAACUUUCAGAACGUUUAACGGUUCAUCAUUUAACUUUGUAUUGUAGCUGUUGAGUGCUAGUUAAGUGAAAAAGAGGUCUGAAAUGUUUUAGAUUAUUGUUGUAAUAUGUCUGACUAGAUAUUUUUUGUUAUUAAAGUAAUAAACUCUUAAUGACUAAA